AUGUGGGCUAUUUGGAAAGGCAGAAAUCAGCUGGUCUUUGAUCAAAAACCAAUCAACAUCCAGUCAGUUAUCUCUCAAGGUAUGUAUUGGUUCAAUACAUUCUACUUCAAUGAUGCUCCACCUACUAUGCAAUCACCCUCAAAUGCUAGAAGAUCACAACAGUGGAGUUCACCUAAACCUGACACUAUAAAAGUAAAUGUGGAUGCGUCUUGGCGGAAUAUCGGAUCUUCUUGUGUUUUGGUCGCCAGGAAUGACCUUGGAAAGUUUAUUUGUGCAAAAUCUGACACCGGUGAUAUCCAGAGUCCCUUAGCUGCCGAAGCAUCAGGGUUCCUUCUAGCCAUGACCAUGGCAUAUGAAAUGAAAUUUAAGAAGAUAAUUAUUGAAGGGGAUGCUAAGAUGAUGAUUCAAGCGUUAAAUGGGGGUUUGUCUAGAAUUCCAUGGAGGAUAAUUCGUGUUAUGUGGACCAGAUUAGGAAGAUUGUUGAGGAAGAUUGUUGACAAGUUUGAUCAAGUUCAAUUCUCAUCUAUUCGGCGAGAGGCAAAUGAAGUUGCUCACCGGCUCGCAGCUUAUGCUUUUAAGCAUUAUAUUCACCAAUCGGUGGAUAUCUUCCCCACCCCUGCAUCUCUUCCUGCCUUUUUUCCGAAGAAGCUGUAG